UUUCCCUCACUGUUUCUGGUGAGUUUGGCACCCCUCCAUUGGCGAGAGAACCGCUUUUGUUCCCGAGGAGGGGGUGUAGACAGGAGGACAAAAAAAGAAGGGGGGGGGGAGCGGUACAGUCCAGUUCCCCCCGCGGAGGCCCCAGGAGAGGCGGCGAAACGAGUGAGGGAGCCACGCCGGGAAGGAGCCCCUCGUUUGCGGGCGGGGAUGUUGCGGGACACCCGGCGAGGGAGAGACUGCAGACGGGUUUGUCUGCUGCGACGAUGGUGAAGGCGAAGACCGCAUACGGCUCGAAAAUGACGCGCUUCACCAUUUAAGACGAACCGCCAUAAAUCAAAACCGGUCCGGUGAGACGAGCGGUACCCUACCCUACCCUACCCUACCCUACCCUACCUGACCUUGCCCGGCCCCCCCUGGCAGCCACACUCCGCCUCGCGCGUGUGCGGCAUGAGGCUGCUGCUCCGCUUCGGCGCUCCUCUCUUUUAAAGGCGACAGGCAGUCGGCGAGGAGAGGUGAAGGUGAGGGAGGAUGUUGAUGCGGUGCUACCGGGCCAAGCUGUCGGCGUGGGCCGCCGUGUGCGUGCUGGUGCUGUGCUGGUUCUACGUGUUCCCUGUGUACCGGGUGCCCCGGGACGAGGACAUCGUGGAGGAGGUGCUGAGGCAGCAGGGCCACGCGUGGAAGAGGAACCAGACUGGAAUCGACCUUUACAGGAAGCUGCUGACCGACUGCUGCGACCCUCAGCGUCUGUUCGCACUGACCAAGGAGAAUGCGCCAGUGGGCAAGGUGCUGUGGUACGACGGCGAGUUUUACCACUCGCACACGGUCAACAAUGAGACCCACUCGCUGUUGGUGCAGGCCGACCGUCUGCCGCUCCCCCUCAAGAAGUGCGCUGUGGUGGGCAACGGCGGUAUCCUCAGGCACAGCCAGUGCGGCCGCGACAUCGACCAGGCCAAUUUUGUCAUGAGGUGUAACCUCCCGCCGCUGUCCAGGGAAUACGUGGAAGACGUUGGCACCAAAACACACCUGGUGACAGCCAACCCCAGCAUCAUUGAGAAGAGAUUCCAGAACCUGCUGUGGUCCCGAAAGGCCUUCGUGGACAGCAUGAAGACAUACGGCUCCAGUUUCUUGUACAUGCCCGCGUUCUCCAUGCGUCCCGGCACCGACCCAUCCCUGCGUGCCUCCUACGCGCUGGCCGACUCCUCGUCCAACCUCACCAUGCUCUUUGCCAACCCCGUCUUCCUGCGCAGCGUGGGCCAGUUCUGGAAGGCGCGCGGCGUCCACGCCCGCCGCCUCUCCACGGGCCUCUUCAUAGUCAGCCUGGCGCUGGGCGUGUGCGACGAGGUAAGCGUCUACGGCUUUUGGCCCUUCUCCUCGGACCUGGCCGAGCGGCCCAUCAGCCACCACUACUACGACAACAUGACGCCCUUCCGCUGGUUCCACGCCAUGCCCGAGGAGUUCGUGCAGCUGUGGGAGCUGCACAAGAGCGGGACCCUGCGCGUGAAUCUGGGACGCUGCGGUUAAGUGGCUCCGCUCCCUACGUCAAAUGUUCACGCUGCUUCCUUGGGACCAGCGAGGAGGUGGGUGUGUCGUUACUGGAUCUUCCUGACAUACGGGUUCGACACGGCCUUUAUCAAAUUCCCGAUUCUCCGGCAGAAGGCGAGGAGGAAGAGGUGCUUCGGGAAUCGCGAACACCCCGGAGGAGUGUGGGUGGCGUGAAAACUUGAACCGCGUGGAAGGAUUUUCCCUGCCUGGCAGCGAGGUGGCCUAUCGACAGACGUUUGAGCAUUUAUUCAAUAUCCUACACUGAAAAAAAGUACUUCAUUUUUGGUUGACACAAACGCACAAUUAAAAUGUGGUAAACGGACGUAAAUUUCCCGUUUUCCUCGAAAAUAAAUUAUAUCCUGUAUGUUAGUUUAACACAUUUCAAUAAUGUGCAACCGAUGAACAUGGUCAAAUUAAUUACUAGUACGCCCAUGUAAGACAGUUCAGUACACGAGUAGAAUGAAUAUCCCUUACUCGGGACCCUUUUCUACUCCUGUGUGACAUUUCUUCACAUCUUUACAGUAUCUAACUAGUGACUUUUUUCCACUUCCACUAGUGACAUUUUUUUCGGGCCGUUACCGGCCUAAUUUGAAGGUGUUGGGUACAUACAUAAGGCAAACAAAAAAAAAAUCUGGCCUGAAGUCCUCCUUGCCACUAGUUGGCGCUACACUGCGGUGGUUGGACACAUCGGCAAAUGUGCGUAAUGUGAGUCAAAUGGAAAGAAAGGUCUUUGUCCAAAACUAUCUGUGCACCAGAUUUUGUAAUGUCACUGUCGUACUCGUAGCAAGCAGUUGUCAACUAGUGCACUAAUCACAUGUUGUUUUACUACCGCACGCUGGUCACUCUACUAGUGUGCAGAAAUGUCACACAAUAGUGGAAAAAAAGUUACAAGUAAGAGAGUUGCUCUACUUACUAAUGUGCUGAAUUGUCUUACUAGUGAGGACGAAGAGUGUACUUGUACAUGGACAAUUCCAUGUACUCGUGAAUUGUUUGUCUACAUGUACGCUGUGUAACAAGCCCUAUAGAAAACAGAUUUUUUCCUGCAAUUAUUGUUUGGUUUUGCCCAGGUGCCAUAUUUAUUGGCUUUAUGCGGGACCAUUAGACAAUCAAAAGAAAAAUGGGAAAAUGUGCUGUCGUUCUUGCUCAGGAUCCAUGACGACGCACCAGUUCCACGCACACGGCGAACACUUUUAACCACAAGCACAGUGUUCCUUUCUGUUUCAGUGGAGCCGUCAUGUAUAAAUUACACAUUCAUUUAAUGCACUUUUAUUUUUCACUACUGCAUUUUUUUUUUUUUAAAUACAAAUGGGAUUUUGUGCACAAGAGCCAAAUAAAGGUGUCAGAGUAGCAUGCAGAUAGAAGAGUGCACUUGAUAGAACUGCUGAUUUGUUGUUUGUUUUUGUACAAGAUUGUGCCAUACUCUCAAACAGUAAGUUUUCCCUUUAUCAUAUCUUGGUCAAGAUGAAGGUUGAGUGCCUUUUUUUAUUCGAUGUGAAUGAAUUCAAGCAUCCUGUGAAGGUUUCUGGGCGCUGUUUAUCAACCUGAUGAUAUGAUCUGUGUUAACUUACUAAAGUGGACAAAAUGUAAAAGUAACUGAAACUUAGUGGCAUCACGUGACUUGCUGCAUUGGUUAAUGAAACCGUUUUUUUUCCUUCUAAUAUGUAUUCAUUCCAUCUUAUUUGUUACUGAGAGGACUGUUUAGAUUUGAAGGAAAAUAAGAUGUGACUUGCCGCUUUGGAUUUAGAAUAAAGUUUCAUUUUGUAGCUGA